CAUUCUGAAUCAACGCAGGCCGACAAGAAUCAUCGGCGCAGAUACCGUACGAUCAUACAUUACAACCAACCAACAGUAACGGCAAUUCACAUCCUGGCUACUCUACCAUUUAGAUUUAAGGCUGGAGGCGACGGAAAAAUGCCUUCAGCGGUAGCGACUCACUCGCAUCGGCCGACGACGAAGGUCUUGCAAAAGUCUUUCAAGUCUAAGAAAGCUACCAAAGGCGCUCUACGAGACCAAGCCAAAGGCAAAGUACCUAACGAAAAGGGCCAACGGAAAACUCCUCACCAACAAGUCAUGUCCAAAUUCGAUCGUCGCAAUCAGGCAAAGCAGCGCCAGCUAGCCAAACACAAGGAACACCAGAAGGAGACUUCAAUCUUCUCCGGACGAGACGCUGCGCCAAGGAUAGUUGCAGUUGUUCCACUCUGCGCAGACGUCAAUGUCUCGACAGCAAUUCAGAGCCUCAACAAUAGUCUCGAUAUCGAAUGCGAUGUUACCGAAAGCAGUUUCCGAGUACCUGUCGAUCGAUUCAAGCAAAAACUUCAAUAUGUGCCGGUCAACAGGGACCUUACAGCAUCUAUGGAUGCGGCAAGAGUUGCAGACUACGUCGUGUUCGUAUUAUCUUCCGAGGUCGAGGUUGACACUUUGGGCGAACUUAUCAUUCGGAGUAUCGAGAACCAGGGCAUGUCAACACUGUUCACAGUUGUACAGAACUUGGAUAAGAUCCAACCUGCGAAGGCUCGUCCAGACGUUGUAAAGUCGCUCGUCUCAUUCAUGACACAUUUCCAUCCAGGACAAGACAAGAUCUACAACCUUGAUUCAAGACAAGAGUGCUCGAAUCUCAUGCGGUCGCUAUGCACUACAACACCAAAAGGAAUCAAUUGGAGGGACCAGCGGUCAUGGAUGCUUGUUGAUGAGAUCCAGUGGCCGUCUACUGAAAACGAGUCGACAGUGUUGACUGGUGUCGUUCGGGGAAAGGGACUCAAGGCCGACCGUCUAGUUCAGGUUGGAGACUGGGGAACCUUCCAAAUCGAGAAGAUUACAGCCGCACCGCUCCCGACUAAGAAUCGGAAAGGUGAUGGGAUGACCAUAGAGGAAGCAGAAGCUGAGAACAUUCUAGAAGUUCCCGAUGAGGAUCAAGAUGACCUUGCCGAGUUAGCCCCAGAAGAAGUGACAAUGAAUGACGCUGGAAUUGAGGAAAAUAUGGGAGAACCUGCAAAACAAAAGGGUGUUUUGUUAGACGACCAUCACUACUUCUCCGAAGAAGAACGGGAAGAGUACACCGCGCCAAAGAAAUUACCCAAGGGAACAUCGUCCUACCAAGCAGCUUGGUUCCUAGACGAUGUUUCAGAUUCGGAAUCAGAACCAGAUGACCAAGAAAUGGAAGAUGCUCAAGAGGUGAACCUGCCUGCAGCGCCGGAAGAUGGCAUGGAAGGUAUUGCACACAGAGAGCCUACUGAGGCUGCUAUGUCAGAAUACCCUCAGUCAGAGAUGUUUGUUGAACCAAACGAGGAUGAUGAUGCUGCACAACUUGAGGCAUAUCGUUCUAGAAAACGCGACGAAGCAGAAGAUGACAAGGAGUUCCCCGACGAAAUUGAAUUACACCCCAAUGUUCUUGCCAGGGAACGUCUAGCGAAGUACCGAGGAUUGAAGAGCCUACGAACAAGUCCUUGGAAUACGGAUGAAGACAGACCAUUCCAGCCAGAGGAGUGGUCAAGAUUAUUACAAAUCUCCGAUUAUCAGUCCUCUCGAAAUCGCUCAGUACGAGAAGCUUUGGUUGGCGGAGUAGCCCCUGGCACGAGAGUCCACAUUCACCUUAAAGACGUCCCUAGAGAUUUAGAGAAGUCAUACACACCUACGCAACCCGUGACACUCUUCUCCCUGUUACGACACGAAAACAAGAAAACAUCACUGAACUUUGAUAUCACACACAAGGAAGACUACGAGAAGUCUAUCAAGGGCAAGGAGGAACUUAUUGUUCAGUGUGGACCUCGACGAUUUGUCGUCAACCCCUUAUUUUCGCUUCCCGGUAACACGGAUAACGAUGUCCACAAGUACUGCCGGUACCUUCACCCCGGCCAGUCUGCUAUUGCAACAUUCACGGGCCCUAUUACUUGGGGAUCCGUGCCGACAUUAUUCUUCAAACGGACAAGCGUGGAAGACGGGAAUGGUCUCCCCUUACAAUUAGUGGCAACCGGCACCGCUCGUGCCCCUUCAACGUCGAGGGUCAUUGCGAAGCGUGUCAUCCUGACAGGCCACCCGUACCACAUCCACAAGAAGGUUGUUACCAUUCGGUACAUGUUCUUCAACCGAGAGGAUGUGGAAUGGUUCAAGGCAUUGCCGUUAUGGACGAAGAGAGGUAGAGCCGGAUAUAUCAAAGAGACACUUGGUACUCACGGGUACUUCAAGGCGAACUUUGACGGAAGAAUCAACCCGCAAGAUGCGGUCGGCGUUAGUCUUUACAAGCGGGUGUGGCCGCGAAACGCGGUACCAUUUGCGGGACCUCUAUUAGCAGAAGGAGCCUCGGUAUCGCAAAAUGAGGCUAUGGAUGAGGAUAUACAAUAGACGUGCAAAUAUAGAUAGAUCAUGAGCACGUCCACUUUUGGUCACGUAUAAAUGACCAAGACGACGGACCAUUGCGCAUGACUUUGGAACGUCAUAAUUGUUCAGAUUAUUACGAAAUGAAUG